GAGACUGUGACAUGGCCAUCUGUGGAGGUGUCAGUUGCAUAAUUGAACCGCGAGUUUAUGUCGCUCUGAGCAAAGCCAAGAUGGUGUCUCCUGAUGGGACUUCCAAACCUUUCUCCAGCAGUGCAGAUGGCUACGGAAGGGGAGAAGGAUGUGGGAUUGUUCUUCUAAAACCCUUAACAAAGGCAAUGACAGAUCUUCAUCAUAUCAGAGGCAUCAUAACGUGCAGUGCUGUAAAUCAAGAUGGAAGAACAGUGACACCCAUCACCAGACCAUCAAUGAUGCAGCAGGAGGAGCUUCUACACAGUAUUUAUUCCAAACAUGUCGACCCUUCACACAUACAAUAUAUAGAGGCUCAUGGGACUGGAACACCAGUGGGUGAUCCUACUGAGGCCAGCAGCAUCUCUAAUGUAGUUGCUAAAUUUCGUUCAACUGGAUCUCCAAGUCUUGUUAUCGGCUCUGUAAAAGGUAACAUUGGACACACUGAAUCUGCAGCCGGUAUAGCAGGGCUCAUCAAAGUCCUCUUGAUGAUGCAACAUGAAACCAUUGUUCCAUCCCUCCAUUAUUCCAAAGACAGCACCAGCAUUGACCCAGAAGCUCUCAAUCUUAAAAUUCCAAUUAAAACAGAAAAAUGGGAAAGUAGUGGACCAUUUGGUAGGGCUGCAGGAGUGAAUAACUUUGGAUUUGGUGGGACUAAUGCACAUGCUGUGGUGCAGCAAUACAAAGAGACCCGGGUUCUGAAUCACAGAGUUCAAAAGACACUGAAGCUGUUUGUACUCUCGGCAGCCUCAGAGAAAGCCAUUCAUAUGACAAUGGCUGACAUUGUUAGGAAAAUUGACAGCAGUGUGUCAUUGGAGCUACACGACCUGGCAUAUACAUCUGCAUGUAGGAGAAGUCACGCCAAACACAGGUACCGAAAAGCCUUUGUAACAUCGACUCUUGGGAAUUUAACUAAGCAGAUCCAAACCUCAGUCAAGAUGAAAAUAGCAGCUGCCAAAUCCGAUCGACACUUAGUGUUUGUGUUCUGUGGGAAUGGAGUCACCUACAAAGGAAUGUGCAAACAACUGAUAAAGGAAGAAAAUAUAUUUAGACAGAAAAUUAUUGAAAUUGAAAACAUUUUUAAUGAUUAUGAUUCAAUUCGUCUUCUAGACCGGUUGGAAAAUGAAACAGACUAUGAUGAUUUCUCCAAGCCAAAUAUCAUCCAGCCAUUGCUGUUUGCCAUCCAGGUGGCCUUAUCGAGCCUUCUGAGUCAUUGGGGUAUAAAGCCAAAUGCUGUUUUGGGUCACUCUGUAGGUGAGGUUGCAGCUGCACAUUGCUCAGGUCUGCUCUCCCUUGAGGAUGCUGUAAAAGUCAUUUACUAUCGAAGCCUCUUGCAGGGUAAAGUCACCGGAGGUAAGAUGCUUGUUGUCAGCAACUUUCCUGUUUCUGAUAUAUUAGGCUUUGUUAAUGAUUAUUCUGGGAAAGUCAAUAUUGCUGCCUUCAACAGCCCCAGAUCGUGCACAUUAUCAGGUGAUGCAGAGGCCAUAGAUGAUGUUCACCAGAAGUUAUCAUCAACUUUUAGCUCCAAGAGUAUUUUUUUGCACGUCUUAGAUGUCCCUGCUGCUUAUCACAGUCAUAUGAUGGAUCCCAUUUUGAAGGUAACUGAGGAGAAAAUUGGGCUCCUACAAACUGGACCAAUGACCACAGAUCUUAUUUCUACAGUAACAGGAGAAUUUGUUUCCACAGGAGAUUUCAACACUGGUCACUACUGGGCAAAGAACAUUAGAGAACCCGUGGCCUUUGAGCAGGCAGUAAAAGCAUCUGUUUUUGGCAAGAAAGAUCUUGUAUUUCUAGAAAUUGGUCCCAGAAGGGCACUACAAAGGAACAUUAUAGAGAUUUUAGGAUCUGAGACACUAAUAUUUCCCAUAGUGCAACCAGCUAAGGACUACGAGACUCUGCUUACUGUGGUGGCCAAACUGUUUGAGCUAGGCUUUGACAUCAGCUGGGAACAGUUUUAUCAAGGGAACGAGACUCUGCCAAGCCCUUACCCAAGGUACCAGUUUGAUCGCAUCAAGAAGGAGGUAUCUUUUGAAAUGGUACGCCAAGGUAAAGAAACCGUGGGAAGCUUGGCUCAUCCUGUUCUCCAUUGCGUUGGGAACAAUGGCACAGAGUUUGUGUGUGACAUUUCUAUUGAUAGCUCGCCUUACGUUUAUGACCAUAAAAACAAUGGCAUUGCAAUUGUGCCUGGUGCUCUGUAUGUAGAACUUGGACUGGCCGCUGUCUUUGCUAGCCUGAAACCAAAGUUGCCUCUGAGAUCCCUUCGGAUCAGUGCUGACUUUCACAGUCCUUGCAUUGUAAAUCAGAAUUUUAUUGAGCUGAAGCUUCAACUGGAGCCGUUUGACGGAGAGACAACAUUUAACAUUAAUUCGUCAAAGACAACAUUUGCAUCCGGCAGUGUUCAACAUAACAGUUUAGUACAUGAAAAGAACAUCUUAGUGAAAGAGAUCUACAAAAGGUGUACAAUAAUAGUGAAAUCUGAUGAGGUUUAUGAAAAACUUUUCCAAGCAGGAUUCCAGUAUGGACCUGUAUUCAGGCAACUCAGGGAGGUGAAUUAUGGAAAGGAAUUCGAGGAAGCCAUCACAAAGGUUAAAGUCCCAGUAGAGGUCCUAGAAGAGCUCCACGAAUACUGCAUUCAUCCAGUAAUUUUAGACUAUUUCAUGCAAAUGACAGCUGUUGUUGUGAUGAGUAGUUCCAAACCCAGACCAGGAUUUCCUUCAGCUGUUGGAAGUUUAAUUGUUUCUCAGCCUCUACAGGAGGACAUGUUUCUGUACCUAAGAACAACAAAAGAAACACCUGAGAUCUGUGAAGUGUGUGGAGCUUUCACAAACGAAGAGGGCCUUGUGUUAGCUGAACUCCAGCAAGUAACCAUCCGAUUUUUGGGAACACACAAUUCAGUUGUGUCUAAGUUCUUCUACCAGAAUAACUGGAAGGUGGUCACAGAAAAACCGGUGUCACAAAUUGCACCUACAGCCUUGGUGUUUGCAGAUCUGCUAGGUGUUGCCAGGACUUUAAAGGCAUACUUGGAUCCAAAAUCUGUAUUUGUUUCACAGAAAAGACAAGACCAGGGGUCCACAGUUGAGAUUAAUGAAUUAUUAACAAAGUCUAACAUCCAGGUCAAUGGUCGCAGCUUUGACAUGAUUUUGUUCCUCUGGGGUAUUCAAAACCUUAGUGAUCUAAGCUCACAAAUGGUACUUGAGCAUAUAGUAAGUUGUUGUGAGGCUUAUCGCCAGAUGAUACUCUAUUUAAAAGAAAAUAACCUGACAUUUCCAGUCAGAACCAUUACAUACAGAACAAGUGAAUGGACCGUUGAUCAUAUAAAUCCAGGCUUUGCACUGUCUGGUAUGACCAGGGCCUGUGCGGCAGAAAUUGCUAGUCUCUCCUUCCAGCUGAUUGAUGUUUCAUCUGUCAGCAAUGAGGACAUCUGUGCUCUGGCAGAAGUCAUUUCUUCAUACGAUGGUAAACAUUUUCCAGAAGUUGCAAUAAAUAAGGGUCACAUUUACACAGCUGACAUUAGUCGCACACCCAUCAACAUUUCAAAUGAUGUCAGACCGAAGAUUUCUAAUCCACCUUCUGAGAGUGUGGUACUCCGCACAACAGAUCCCUACAACAUUACUGGUCUGUAUGCUGAGCUCACUACUGACAAUGAGAAGCCCCCAGGGAGACAGUCUGUAAAGGUUCAAAUUAAGAAGAUUUGCCUUCAUUCGUGUGACUUCUUUCCAGUCAGCUUUUCCGAUUUGAGCUUUGCUCAGACGCUGUAUUGGAAUAAACACGCAUCAACUGGACACAAUCUGUUAGUGUUGGAUUUCUGUGGUGUAAUUGCCGGCGUGGGAAGGGAUGUAAAAAAAUGGAAAGUAGGAGAUCCAAUCGUUUCCUGUUUCCCCACGAUGGCGUCAUCACAAGUUAUUCUACCCGACUCUGUAUGUUAUGAUGGGCACAAAUUUCCAUCUCUCAUGGAAACUCCAUGUCUAUCCCACUUUAUACUGUCAUGGGAAAUAUUACAAAUAACUUUACCAAAAGUAAAGCAACAAAAACAGUUAGCUAUUUUUACCUCUGCACCUGAGUCAAGCUUAACAAAAGUUUUACAGUUUUCUGCUGGUAGAUCUGGAUGGAUGGUAUCAGUUGAGCAUUAUUCACAACGCCAACUCAACAAAUAUGAUGCUGUGGUUGUUUUGCCCCCUUACGACACACAAGUUCUUCAAGAAGUUUGUGUUUCCACUGCCAAACACAUUGUUAUAGUGUGUGAGAACCACGGGACUCAUCCAUUGUCUAAGAAUCUCCUCAGAUUUGAAAGUGAAGAAACUCAUGUUCACGUCCUUCAAGUCUCCCAUAUUUUUCAAAAGGCUUUCUUAAAGAAGCACAAAAUCGAUGUCUACAAGUGGAUGAAAUCGAUCAAACUAGGUACAAAGGACUUGAACCUCAACGGUAAAUGCUUGCAAAGCACUGUCUAUUCCUGUAGUGAGACAAUGUCCCUCGAGCAUCCAGGAUCGUACUUCACUACUAAGUCCAUCCCAUUGGUAAUUAUGGAUAAGGUAUUAGAAAACAGGGAUAUUUCUUGUAUUCCAGUCCAUCAGAAUCAAAGAAUGUUUUUUAAAAAGAAUUCAGUUUACAUAGUGACUGGUGGUCUGUCAGGACUGGGAUUUGAGACUGUGAAGUUCAUUGCCCAGCGGGGAGGUGGCUACAUUGUUAUUCUGUCCAGAACUGGCCCAAAUCCUCAGAGACAGUUAGAUAUUGCAAAUCUGAACAACAUGUUUGGAACGACCAUCUCCAGUAUCUGCUGUGAUGUAGGCAUUCUCAGAGACGUUGAGAAGGCAGUUGCUGCCAUCAGACAUACUUUCCCCAAAGUUCCAAUCCGAGGGGUUUUUCACAGUGCAGUGGUCCUACAUGAUGGAUUGAUACAGACUUUGAACAAAUCUCACUAUGAGCAAGUUAUGAGGCCUAAAGUUGCAGGGGUCCUGAAUCUUCAUAACACUACAAGUCACUGUCAGCUAGAUUAUUUUGUGUGUUACUCUUCUAUCACUUCAUUUGUUGGAAACUCAGCCCAAACCAACUAUGCUGCCGCAAAUUCAUUUCUGGACACCUUCUGCCAUUACCGAAGACGGCUGGGACUUUCAGGCCAGUCGAUUAACUGGGGGGCCUUGAAUCUUGGACUUUUGUUAAACAAAGAUUCCUUCCAAAGGUUCCUUGAAUCCAAAGGAAUGAUGAUCAUGGAGUCAUCAGAAAUUCUCGAAGGACUUGAAAACUGUUUGCUCCAGGACAAUCCUCAACAAGCUGUCUGUAAGUUUAACUUUACGAAUUUAAACAACCAUGUGCUUUCUCAAAACGCCUCCCUUCGAAGGCGCUUUUUUACUGUCGUAACAGAAGAGCUGAAAAAUAUGAAGGCAAAUGUGCAACAGGACUUGCAAGUCAACUCAGCCUCCAGUCCUGAUAUUUACAUUAAGUCUCUGAUUUGUGAAAUCACGCACACUAACACAGAAGAGCUAAAAGAAGAUACUUCUCUCUACAUCCUUGGAAUUGAUUCCAUGCUGGCAAUGACCCUGCAAAAUCGUGUAUUCCAAGAGAGGAAUGUGGAGCUUCCUCUGAUUACUUUACUUGAUUCGAACACAACUGUUUCAAUGUUGAUAUCAUUGCUACGGGAAACUGGGCAAGAAGAGCAGCAACUUUCAUUAAAGGAGAGCGAAAUAAAUGAUAGCGAGGGUGAAGGAACUUGGUUUUAAUACUGUAAUCCAAGCAUAAUUAAAAUUGGAAGAAAUAAAAUAUACAAAUACACUGGAUUCGGAAAGCUGUCAGACUCCUUCACUAUAUUCACGCGUUGCUUUGCUGAAGCCUUAUGCUAAAAUCAUGUAAAUUCAGUUUUUCCUCACAUCAACCAAUACUCAAUAUCUCAGAAUGACAAAGUAAAAUGAGAUUUUAGAAGUGUUACAAAUGCAUUAAAAAUUAAUGAAACCAAUUGACCUCUGGUCUGGUCACAUGCAUUUCUUCACCUUUGUUAUUCUUGCAUUUUAUACCCUGCACAUAACACUCUGCAUAUCCCACUGCUCAUCUUCUUAUUCCUAUUAGGUGUUCAUUUUCUUCUACCUCUUUGAUUUGCUUGACAUUCAGUAGAUGUCACUGGUCUUCUUUUUCUUUCCGCCAUAGCACUUCAUUUGCCAAUUACUUUGCCGUAUGUGAGAUGGCCGAACACAGGUUCAAACAAAGCUGGAACAAAUCACAAAUAUUUUGGGACACCAGCCGGGUAAUCAGUUUUAAUUUUCACAAAACUCUCAAUAAACUUAAAACAGGUGCCUUCUGGUAAUACUUAACAUAAGGCAGCCGGGAACAAAACAGAAAAUAACUUCAGCGUUUAGUUCUAGCAGACAAAACAACGAAAGGCUUUCCUAGAGCUUUCCCUCGUUGAGAACUGGUCUCAUCAAAAGACAAAUUAGUGGAGGCACCCGGUAUUUUUAUUAAUGGGAGGACCGAAAGAGGCGGAGCUUCCUUCAUUAGGAGGUUUCUGGGAGCUGUGGGGAGAAAAGGAAAGUUAGCGACAGCCCCCCGCUCUCGCCCUGGUAGGUUACUGUUUACCUUGACUGAGCCAGCAAGGAGAUCGUCAGACACACAUGCGUGACAUG